UGUAGCUCUCGCCCUAGCGUUCGUCCUCAGUGCAGGAUAACGAGAGGAUCUUCUUCACCUCCACCUUCAGCUUCACCUUCAGCUUCGGCUUCGGCUUCAUCUCACCGUAUCUCCAAACUAAUCAGAGAGAAAUCUCAUCUAAGUUCACUGCCCACAGGAACACAUCCUCAGAUUUGGACACCGUCAUGGACACCAUCAUCCGCUGUCCUUUCCUGUCCCGCGUCCCCCAGACUUUCUUCCAGCAGGCGAGGAAGACCCUGGUGAGCUACGCUGUGAAAUGCCCCGUCAUGAUGGACCUGGCAUCCAAACCGCUUGUCCGCACCAUCUGCUCCUCUUCCUCCACCUUCCAGAAGAGUGAUGAUAUCAUCAGCAUGGAUGCUCAAAAAAACCUUGAAAUGCCGGCUGGUCACCCCAAAGCUCUACCUGGAGCAACAGCGUCCAAAUGCCCCUUCCUGGCUGGAGAAAUGGGGCAGAAGAACAGCGGCGUGGUGCGAGAGGCCAGCAUGGAGCUGCAGGAGGACGUGUCCGAAAUCCGCACGCUGCAGCAAGAUGUGUCAGCACUGGAGCUGGUGAAGAGUGUGAAACCUGACGGGAAUCUGAUGAAGAAACUGAUGAAGCAGCGUCCAACCAGGGUUUCACAUCUGCUGCAGGAGAACAUGCCCAAAUCCGUCUCAAACUUCCGCUACGACGAGUUCUUCGAGAAGAAGAUCGAGGCGAAGAAAAACGACCACACGUACCGCGUGUUUAAGACGGUGAACCGGCGUGCGACCGAGUUCCCCAUGGCGGACGAUUACUCGGAGUCUCUGAGUUAUAAACGAGACGUGUCUGUGUGGUGCAGUAACGAUUACCUGGGGAUGAGUCGUCACCCACGGGUCGUCCAGACCGUCAUGGAUACACUACAGAAACACGGCUCAGGGGCCGGAGGGACGAGGAACAUAUCGGGGACGAGUAAAUUUCACGUGGAUCUGGAACACGAGCUCGCAGACCUUCAUGGAAAAGACGCAGCACUGCUUUUCACUUCCUGUUUUGUCGCCAACGAUUCCACACUGUUCACUCUGGCUAAAAUGCUGCCAGGAUGUGAGAUUUACUCGGACGCAGGAAACCACGCUUCGAUGAUCCAGGGUAUACGCAACAGCGGCGCUAAAAAGUUCAUCUUCCGUCACAACGACGUGAAACACCUGCGAGAACUUCUGGAGAAGUCGGAUCCCUCCGCUCCAAAGAUUGUGGCGUUCGAGACGGUGCACUCGAUGGACGGCGCCGUGUGUCCUCUGGAGGAGAUGUGCGACGCCGCACACGAGUUCGGGGCGAUCACCUUCGUUGAUGAAGUUCACGCUGUGGGUCUGUACGGUGCAAAAGGUGGCGGGAUCGGGGACCGCGAUGGAGUCAUGCACAAGAUGGACAUCAUCUCUGGGACGCUUGGGAAGGCGUUCGGGUGUGUAGGAGGCUACAUCGCGAGUACGAGUACGCUGGUGGAUACGGUGCGUAAAUGCGCUGCAGGGUUUAUCUUCACCACGUCUCUGCCCCCCAUGCUGCUUGCCGGAGCGCGGGAGUCCAUCCGUGUCCUGAAGGGCGAGGACGGGCGCGUACUGCGCCGCAAACACCAACGCAACGUCAAACUGCUGCGCCAGAUGCUGAUGGACUCGGGGCUGCCGGUGGUGCACUGCCCCAGUCACAUCAUUCCUAUAAGGGUUUCGAAUGCAGAGAAAAACACUGCUGUGUGCGACAUCAUGAUGAAUCGCUACAACAUCUACGUACAGGCCAUCAAUUAUCCCACCGUUGCCCGCGGUGACGAGCUCCUCCGCAUCGCUCCUACGCCACAUCACACACCGCAGAUGAUGCAAUAUUUUAUCGAUAAGCUGCUAAAGGCGUGGCAGGAAGUGGGUCUGCAGCUGAAGCCUCACUCUUCGGCUGAGUGUAACUUCUGUCAGCAGCCGCUUCACUUCGAGCUCAUGAGUGAGAGAGAGAGGUCCUACUUCAGCGGCCUGAGUCACCCUGUCUCAGCCUGUGGAUAACUAACACACACACACACACACACACACACACACACGUGCUGCAGAGGCAUUCCCUAAUCACUGCAUUAAUAAUCAGAGAUAUUUUAUUUACACAUUCUAUAGAAACAUCACGUAUGUGUGUGUGAAAAUAAACGCUUACCUCAGACCUGA